AGUCUAGUACCAGUCGAUAUAUAGCCACCAUUCGAGAUGUCCGCUCGGGCAUUUACGUUUAUUUCUCUCCUGUUCUUCCUCUGCCUUCUCCUGCUGCCAUGUUGCCUCUCCAUGACCAAGCAAGCGAAGAGAGCUAAGCGCUAUGUCGAGUACUAUAACUACAGAGACGAGGGAGAUGACGAAUUUGGUGACCCCUCCGAAGAAGAUUUCACGGAUGUGGGGCUCCUCCCUGGGGAGAUAGACGCCAUCAGGGACUUCAUGGUGGACGUAUUGGAUAUUCUGGACGAUGGGUUCGAUGGUGAUGGCGAUCAGGCCGAGAAUUCGCGGAGCGUCAACGCUGAAGGGGAGCCAGUUGUGAUCAUCACGGUGGAGGAUGAGGAGGCCGAUCCCACGGACCUGAUGCUGGCUGAUCUCUUGUACGAAGAAGACGUACCUUGGGGCAGGUGCACUAGGAGUUGCAAGACCUCUCGGCACAGGGAGUGUGUCUACAGGAGCCUGUGUGGCACUGAACUGCUGUCGGAGGAGGCCUUCUGCUACGCGCCCGGGUCUAAAUGUGAAAAGGAGGUAAACAGCUUCCUAGAGAGCGAAGGGUAUGUCAUCGUGGAGUACACUCCAGAGGACGUAGACGAAGAGGCUGAUGCAGACGCCGCAGCCGUGGACGAUGCCUAUGUUCCGGAGGAGUACGACUUUGCCGAGGACGACGAUUACGAGUCCGUCCUUUACCCGGACGCUGAGGAGAAUACAUACGGCGAUUAUUACGAUUACGGCUGGGUGGAUUACCUACUCGGCAACACCGGCGACACGGACGAAGCCCAACCGGGACCUGACGCCAAUGACUAUGAGUACGAAGAGGAAGAGGAGGAGGAGGAGGAGGACGAUGGGGACCGUACUCCAGGAGAUGCUGACGAAGUGCCCUUCGAAGGAUGUGGCAUCAGGCGAGUCAAGACAUCGGACAAACUCCGAAUCCUGGGCGGUCGCAUAGCGGUCAAAGGCGCCUGGCCGUGGCAAGUGGCUGUCAUGAACAGGUUCAAGGAAACCUUCUGCGGAGGGACGCUCAUCGCUCCUCAGUGGGUGAUGACUGCAGCCCACUGCCUGAGGAAGCGGCUCUACGUCAGACUGGGGGAACACCACCUUUACUCCAAGGACAAGACUGAAGUCGAGAUGAGGGUCGAGAGGUCGUUCGGCCACCCCGACUUCGAUGAGGGAACUAUCACCCACGACAUCGGUCUCCUGAAGUUACCCCGACCGGUCACUUACAACAAGUACAUCCAGCCAGCUUGUUUACCCGGACCAGACACUGUACCCCCAGUGCGCAGUAAAUGUGCAGUUACGGGAUGGGGGAAAGAGAAGGAGACGCACAUCUUCGGUUCCGAUGUGCUCAAGUAUGUCAGGGUCCCCAUCGUGACGAAAGCUGCCUGCAUCGACGCUUACCCCGAUCACCCGAUCACCAGAAAUCAGUUCUGCGCCGGAUUUAAGAAAGGAAGCGCUGACACCUGUGCAGGUGACUCUGGAGGGCCGCUGGUCUGUGACGACAAGGGCGCCUGGACCAUCCACGGCGUCACCAGCUUCGGGGAGGGGUGCGGAGAACAGGGCAAAUUUGGCGUCUACACCAAGGUCAGGAAUUACCUGAAGUGGAUCAAGAAGAUCAUGAGAGACCAUUCUUAAGUUUCCCUUUUGGGAAGAAGAAGAAGAAGAGAAAGAAGAAGAAGAAGAAGAAGAAGAAGAAGAAGAAGACGUCUUGAGCCACACGAAUUACGACUAGAAAUAUUUAGGAUUUAAAUCAUAUGUUGUUGAUGAAAUAACCAUUUGACCGUCAUCUUUGAAAAGCCAGCCAUUUUGCCAAAUAAAAGAGCUAAAAUUCA